UCAGAGUGUAUGGUUUUAAAUCACUAACAUGUUCAUUGUAUCUUGAAACUUUGAACAUUCAGUAAGUCACGGAUAUAAAAUUUCAAUUUUUUAGUUAUUUUUUUUCUAAAUCAGAAAAAAAAAUACGCAUAUAACUUGAAUAAAAAUCCUUACUUGUAUAAUUGAAUUAAAUACAUACAUAUACACAAAUGGACUGGUAUGAUUUAAAGCAUAAUCUGAUUCUAGAUAGAUAAUUUAUUGAAUUACAAUGAAUAAACGACCAUUGAAUACAAUUACUCCACUAUUGUGUAUUACAAUACGCUUAGAAAAUUAUGUGGAAUUACGUAUUCAUGAUGAAUAUACUACACCAAUAUUUCAGUAUCGUUUUGAACAACAUUUUGCUAAUCCAUGGAAAGAACCAAAAAAAUCCAUUAAAACUAAACUAAUUCUUACUUAUACUUCAUUAAUUUUAAAAAAUGCCUCAUGGUGGCCAUAUCGUGUUGAACAUUCAAUAAAAUAUAAAUCUGUACAAAAAUUGAUUACAUUCAAUCAAGGACAACUAAGAUUUGCCAUAGGAUUAUAUGAUGAAGAUUAUGCUGAGAAAGAAUUUGUUGUUAUGUCAAUCAAAAAUGCCUACGAUAUGGAAAGAUUAAUUCAACUGAUAGAUUCACAAUUAUUAAUAUGGAAAUAUGCAUUGAACAAAGAAACUGACUAUUCAAUUAGACCAGAUAAAAAACAGUUGAUGAUCGGUUACAAAGAAUCAACACCUUUAAAUAAAAUAUCCAAAAGACGAGGUCUAAUUGGCAAAAGUCAAAAUGCUAUCAUUAAAAAUGAUGCAGCUAUGUUGAAUUCACUAGCGAAUAAUACUUCUUCAAAUCAAUCUAAUGUAAAAUUAACUAAUAAUCCUCAUAGAACAUUAGAAAUAGAUCAAAAUCAUUCUCGACGUUAUUCACAACAAACUAAUCAAGAUUAUAAUGAAUACAAGCCAACAUUACAAAUCUACACUAAUGUAGACAGUAAUGAUUCAUUUAAUCAUAGAAGACUAAUUGAACCAGUUCAAAGUACUUCAUAUAGUUCUAGAUAUGACACUGAACGACAGAAAAAGCAAUUGAGAAAAGAAAAAGAAAGAACUAGAAAAAUCAAGAAUCAACAAUGUCAAACAGAUAAUGUUUAUAUUGAAAAUAAUACAAAAUCAUGGGAAGUUGAUAUUAAACAUGUACGUUAUGACCCUAUUCAAGGAAAUAUCAUCGAUGAUAAUGGUUCAGUUUAUUUAUAUACUGCUCAUGAAAUUGACUAAACUAUGUCAGUUAAAUUUUUUUUAUUAUCGAUUGAUUUAUUGAGAUUAAAUAUUGGUUCUAUUAUUUAUUAUUUAUUAUUAUUAUUAUUAUUAUUAUUAUUUAAUUUUUCAGUGUAAUAAAUGAAAAUAAUGAUCCAUUCAUUUUUAUUUUUAUAUUAACAUGCUAUUAUUUUUUUGGAAAAAAAAUAUUUAGCUUUAAUUCGUACACAUUAGAGAGUUGUUUCAGUACAGUCAAG